GGGAGGAGAAGCUGGCGCAUGCGCCGGGCGGACGGGCGGACAAGCCGCUGCUGGAGGUAAGAGAGCGGGAGGACGGUGGCGAAGUGUGACCGUGACGGAGACGGACUGAGGGCCUGGCAAAGUUCUCUGGGGAAUCUGUGCCAUUGUCGCAUCAACCAACUAUUAGACGAAGUUAGAUAGUGAAAGAACUUUCUGCAGAGCCAGCAAAGGCUAUCUACUAACCAAAGAAGAAUUAUUUUAUGGUGCUCUUGCCAGUUUUGAAUUAGACUCUCUUGUGCCAGAAUGUCAUUGGAUGGAGCCCAACAGGAUCAUGGCCGUGGCAUGAAGAAAGACACUCAUAAUAUUGGAUUCUUUGCUGCAGACCAGUCUGCAAAUCCCCAUGCACAUCUUGGGAGAAUGAGCCAGGGUGCACGAAUGGGUGGCUAUAUGAAUUUUGGACGGGGCCAGGCAGUGGGCCUACAAGGCAUGGGACAAGGACAACAAAAUAUAAUGUUUUCAGGUGGUGGGCCUUCUCGAUCCAGCGGCAGUUUGCCUUCUUUGUUUGACGUAGGCAGUCGUAAUCAAACCUCACUUGCUGCUCAGAAACGGAUUGAUGCAGACAGGGCCAGUAAUAUUUUAGCUACCUUUGGCCUUUCAUCCAGGGAUUUGGAUGAACUGAGCCGCUAUCCUGAGGAAAAACUUACUCCUGAUUCCUUGCCGGACAUUCUUAUGCAGCUCAAAAGAAAAAGAAAUGACGAUGGAGCAUCUUUGAAUUACGGCAGAGGUGACAGUUCUCCUCGGGAAGAUCGUUCCUUCAGAGCCUCCCGCAGUGACUGGGAGGAAGAAAGGUGUUUUCGGAAUACUUUUGAAGGUCGUGAACCUGAUGCUGAUUCAGUGGUCAAUUAUGACCAUGGUUCUUCUCGAGAGUCGAGUUUUAGAUAUUAUGACAGGAAGGACUAUGAGCCUGAACGAUUAAGAGGUGAUGACUUUCGCAGGGAUGAUAUGCGCUUGUCUGACCCAAUGUAUAAAUAUGAUUCUGAUUAUGGAAAAAUGGGGCCUUCUCCUUCCCGUGGCCAAGAAAGAUCCCUUUUUGAAAGAAAACGAGGAUCUCCUUCACUGAGCAACAUAAACGAUUACCAUGGUUUCUUGCCAGCAAUGUUCCCUCACUUGUGUUCGCUGUGUGAUGUAACUGUUCAUUCUGUGAAGGAAUGGAACCAGCAUAAGCACGAGCCAGCACACAAAAGGCGGUGCCUACUGCUCUUGGAAAUUUAUCCGCAAUGGGUUCCAGACAAUGUACCACCCUCAAGAACCAAUCCCGCUGUUCGGCAGUCCACUCUUGCUCCAGAUGCUGCAUCUGCAAUCCUUGCAGCCAUCAGACAACUGGAUGCACUGGACCCUCAUGGAGGCAUCAGAAAAGGCCAAAUGCAGAACAAACGAAUCGUGGCAAUGGAUGAUUCUGGCCGAGUGGUUCAUAUGACAGAAUUACCUAAAGGAAAAUGCAAAGUGAAAGACAUCCUCAAAUUAGCUCAACCUUUUGGAAUCAUUACAAAAUACUUGUUUUUAAAUACAAAGCAUGAGGGGUUUGUGGAAAUGGCCACAAGUGGACAAGCACAAACGGCAGUUGCCUUUUACAGCACGAGGCCAGCAAUUCUUUAUGGCAAGAAGAUCCGAGUGGAUAUGUCUCACAAAUACAAAGAAAUAGAUUUGAAGAAGCAAAAACAAGACCACCGGAGUGGUGGAAGGGUUGCACUUCUGCAGAAUCUCCCUCCCUCUGGAUACUCAGAUGCUGAUGUUGUGAAAGUUGGUGCCAACUUUGGGAAAGUGCUCAAUUAUAUUGUGAUGAGACUCCGGAACCAGGCAUUUCUGGAGAUGGAGUCAAAGAAAUGCAUGAUAGACAUGGUUAAACACUACAAGAAAACACCUUUAAUAUUUCGAGGUAGAAAGGUAACCGUGGAUCCAUCUCAGAAAUAUAAAACUCUUGUACUGAAGAAACCGAGCAUUAAGGUUCUGGAAGUAUUGAGAGAACAGGAUGACGCAGAUAGAAGACGACGACGUUCCCGGAGUCCUCUUAAGAAAAAACAACCUAGCAAAUCAAGGACCCAUCCAAAAGAUGAUGGUGAUAAAGGAGAGCAGGAAACCUCUGAAAGUUUGCCUUCAAGUGAAAUUAAGAAGAACAUUGCAGGAGAUACCAAACAAGAAAUUAAAUCUGAAGGAAAGGAAGUUUCAGACGAAGAAGCAAUUGCAGUUGUUGAGAGUGAUGUGGAGCUUGAAGAAAAUAUUGGUGAGGAGCUCUGCACUAGUGAAUCUGGCAGUGAAACUGACCAAGAAGGUUUGCCGAAGGAACCAGGGGAUGAGAUGGAAGCAUCUGACUUGGUGGAAGCAAAUUCCAAAAUGGAUAUGGAAAUGAACAUGCAAGACACAUCAGAAACAACUGAGCCGGCAUCAGUUAUUGAAAAGAGCGAAAUAAAUCAACAGAUAUCAUCCCAGGAGUUGAAGGAAGCGUGCUUUCCUGAAAACAUAGAUGAAUUUGUAACUGUGGAUGAGGUUGGUGAUGUAGAUGCUGGGAAUUUGGAUCUGGAAGAUCUGACAUCUUGUGCAAAUGACAUUAGUAAAGUGGAGAAUGAAGCCGAUGCAAGUAUUGUAACAGAGAAAUCAGAGGACACCAACGAGCAAAAAGAGGAGGAAGUAGACAAACCUAAACGAAAACGUGGUCGAAAGAGGGGAAAGAUCGUCAAGACAAAAAGAGCAGAACAUAGUGACAAAAAAGAUAGUGGUGAAAAAACUGAACUGAAACAAGAUGAAAAUAUGACUGAAAAUAAGAUGGAUACUGAUGAAAUGCAAGGGGAGACUUGUGUAGAACCAGAAAACAAGCGUGCUCGAUCACGAUCUCCUACUCCAGAUGAGUACCGACUUGGACCAUAUCAACCCAACAAUCCUGUAGGACUAGACUACGUGGUUCCAAAGACUGGAUAUUAUUGUACACUCUGUUGUCUCUUUUAUACAAAAGAGGACGUGGCAAAGAAAACCCAUUGUAGCAGUCUGCCUCAUUAUCAGAAACUGAAGAUAAUUUUGGACAAGGAAGCUGAGGAUUAUCGGAAAACUAAAACGGAACAAAAUCCUGAAGUUCAAAUUGAAGAGCAAACUGACCAAUGAUUCAGUGAUGACAUCAAAACAUCUAAUCAGUUCGCUGGCUAUUCUCAUCACUUCCUGAUCUUUUUGUUAUUUGUGCCCUUUUAACAAUGUUUAGAUGUCUUAAUAUAGCAAUUCACAGACAUGCAUGAAUGGACUGGCAACAGUGAUCACAUUUUUGUUUGCAGUAUUGUAUUUGUUAAAUAGAAAAAAAAUCUUUCAACUUAGUUAAAUUUCAAAGAGCAUUGAAGCAGUGGGAAUUGGUAAAUUUCUGCUAUUAACGAAAUUUCAGUGAUUGCGUUGUUCAAGUAUUGGGUCAAGUAUUGUGUUAACAAAAGUUGGUUAUUUUUGGAAAGUAAUAAAUUGAAAACAUUUGACAACUUAAUUGUUCAAUUGCAGAUAACAGGAAAGGUCUUGCCAAGAAUUAAUUGUAUGAUUACUGAAAUUUGUAGGAGGGAAUGACUAUAAUGUUCACAUAGUGGCCUGCACAACACUGGUAGAGGGAAAAGAAAGGAUGGUGUCACACAGUGGGAUGUUUGAGCAGCAAAAAAUGAUA